UCCUGAAAUCAAUUUAAAAAAUAUUAAACCUAUUUCAUAUUCAGUUGUUCUUAGUAUCAUAAGGAAAGUGAAAGUGGAACUCUCAGCUUCCAUAUAAAGCCUGUCCCACCAGCAGCACCCACCACACAGCGCCAUGGGCUCCGAGGUCAGUAGCGAAUGCAAUCCUGGAGACCUGAUUGAGAUUUUCCGUGAUAGCUACCAGCACUGGGCGCUCUACAUGGGAGAUGGCUACGUGGUCCAUCUGGCUCCUCUAGGUAAUUAUCCGGGGGCGGGUUCCUGCAGCGCCGGCUCCGUUCUGUGGCAGACGGCGGAGGUGAAAAGGGAGCUGCUGACUGAUGUGGCAGGGAGCUGCAGAUAUCGGGUGAACAACCGGUUGGACAAGGAGCUAAAACCACUGCCUGUGGAGCAGAUUCUCAAUUCUGCCAAGAGGAUGAUUGGCAAGAAGUUGCCGUACGGUAUUACCAGGAACAAUUGUGAGCACUUUGUCACCAAACUGAGAUAUGGUGAGCCCAAAUGCCAGCAGGGAGCAAAUCUCCCCUGGGACAAGACCCAGGGUGUCAGCAGCUCUGGAGGGACCAAAGGUGAAAUCAGGGGGGUCAACCUCAUUGCCACCAGGGACCACAUCGGCCUCGAGGUUGCCUUCAAAGGGCCGAAUGUCAUUGCAGGAUGGUAUGAAUGUCAGUCCUCGCUGACGGUUAAGUGA